AUGUCGGAAACAUGGGAAGCUUUGCGUAAACGUGCACGGUCUGCCGAGAACAGUAUUGAUGUCAAGUUGGUGUCUCUCAACAAGCUGAACUCACAUUCAGGUCGAUUAGACAGUGAUGAAAAGUCAGUAUCGGCACGGCAAGCUCUCUUUGAGACACUGACACAGGAAAUUGAAGGACUGUUGACAAAGCUCACUCACGUGAACGAUGAGAUGAACGAUGUUGUUGGAGCACAAGGUUCAGCAGGAUGGGCGAUGAAUCCUGCAGUACAGCACACACUUCGAAGACAUCGCGAAAUUCUUCGAGAUUAUGGCACUGAAUUUCGCCGAGCUCGAGAUAAUGUUCAGCAACAGCUUCAGAGAGAAUUUUUGCUUGCUGGUGGUAUGAGUAGCUCCAGUCAAGAAGGCUCCUGUCUUAAUAAUCGUGUGAAAGGAUCCGAUUUAUAUUUGAAGGAAAACGAGCAUAUCAGCAGCUGCGACAGGCUGAUUGAUGAACAAAUGAGCAUUGCGAUGGCAACGAAAGAAAAUCUGCAACGUCAAAGUAUGAGUCUUCGAGGAAUUGGGAAGAAAAUGGACACUUUGGCCAAGAAGUAUCCAAUGAUCAACAAUGUGAUGCAGAAGAUUCAGUACAAGAAGCGAAAAGAUGCUAUUAUCUUAGCGAGUAUGAUUCUGCGGCCUAUUAUAUGUCCAUCAGUGCUGAACUCUGACCUUGGUAACCUCGCAGGUGAAUGCAAGAAACUCCUCGCUGCUGGGGCCGAUUGGUUGCAUCUGGAUGUGAUGGAUGGCCACUUUGUUCCAAAUUUAUCAUUUGGACACCCAGUAGUUGAGUCGUUGAGGAAAAGCCUUGGUCCUGAGCCUUUUUUCGACGUGCACCUCAUGGUGUCAGAUCCGGGACGUUGGGUUUCAAACAUGGCAGCUGCAGGAGCAAGUCAGUACACAUUCCACUGGGAGGCUGCUCAUGAGAAAGGAGGAGAUGCUGAGGUGUCGAGUGUUAUUGAUAAGAUUCAUCAAGCUAACAUGAAGGUCGGUUUCGCCAUCAAGCCGAAGACACCAGUGGAUAAAGUUUUGCAGUUCGCCAACAAAGUCGACAUGGUACUGAUUAUGACUGUCGAACCAGGUUUUGGAGGGCAGAAGUUCAUGGGGGACAUGAUGGAUAAAGUUCGUACUCUUAGAAAGGCAUAUCCUGGCCUCAACAUCCAAGUAGAUGGCGGAAUUUCUCCUGGUAAUAUCCAGAUCCCAGCUGAAGCGGGUGCAAAUGUGAUCGUCUCUGGAACGGGUGUCAUAAAGGCGCCUAGUCAGAAGACAGCGAUAAGCCAGAUGCGGGAAGCCGUUCAAACUGCAAUUGGCAAAGGUUUCCAAUAA